CAUACCUCCCUCUUUCAGCAGAUCCGCCGCUCCUCUGCGACCCGACAAGAUGUCUCGCGCGCCAGUGCAGCAUGUCGAGACCUGCAUCUCGGUGUCGCCAGCAUCGCCCUCCCUGGUGCUCCACAUCAACACCACACCAGAAACAUCCCUUGGACUGUUUGGCGCUGGGCGAAAGAGAGGCUUUGAAGAGAUAUCCGGUUUAGAUGAAGAGGCGUAUGCGCGCAAAUACCUCGCCACGGAAGGCUCGGUGUUCUUCCGGCGAAAAGGAAGGACCCCAAGGAGCUUUCUGUGGAGGGUAUUGGAAGACCGGAAAUUGCUGGAGAUUCAAUGCGUAGAUCUUGUGCAUGACAAGAAAGCGGCGAAGAGUGAAAGCGGGCUCACUUUCCGGGUCCAGCUGCCAGCUGCGAUCGUCAGAAAUGGUGUCGUGUUUGCGGAUCCGGAGGAUGUGGACAGCUUGGAAGCAUAUGUCCUGACGGCCAGCAAUGAGCUCUACACCAUCACCCUCAAGCGCGAUCUGUUGACACGAGAGACGGCCCCCAGUGAAUUCGACGCAUCGACGUGCGUCAAGAAAUACUCGUCAAAUUCCCUCGCAUUCCGACAUCCCUACAAACUGGUGGCAGUCUCCGGCCUCGAGCUCUUCAUCACCCUCCAUGAUGGCGGCAUCCUGCGCCUCGCCCGUCAGCCGAACGAGAAUGGUACACACUGGCGCGAAACCUUCUACAGUGAGGGCAAUUGGGGUGAUACUAUCCGAGGACUGAUCACCUUGAAACGACAUCAAACCGUGCGGUACGGUGACCUGGAGCUGGAACCGAGCGCCGUUGCUGCACUAGCGGAGAGUCCAGAUGGGAGACAUGUAUGGACUGUCACUCUAGAUCACGAGCUAAAGGCAUGGAGUACGACCACUGGCAAGCCGAUUGCGCACAUCGACAUGCUGAACCAGCGGUUUGAUGAGGAAACCAAGAAGCUGCAGAAGUACGUGAUGAGCGCGGAGCAAGGCACCUUGAUGCAGCUUGUCACGCUACCGACCACGUCGAAACGACUCACCAAGAGCGAUCAGGACUUGUUGUACUACAUUGUUCUCAGAUCGCCGAAGGACAACCAGUUCAAAUUCUACGAGGUGUCCGCACCGCACUCCGCUGGAGAAGAGGAAGAGUCGAUCAGGCUAGACCCCAUGCAAACGGCAGCGACUCUCAUUCCUCCAUUCGCCGAGCUAAUGGAUACCACCAUGUGGCAUCUCGAAGAAUUCCACGUCAUUCCCGGCCCACUGUGGAGAGACUCGCAAAUCUGGAUUCGCGCUCGCAAUGGCAAGCUCUGCAAGACCUUCACCCUCACCUUCAGCCUUUGGGAGAAGAAGGGCGAGGCGGCGGACUUGGAGCCUGUCUGGCAAAAUGAAUGGACAUCGGUCGAUGCCAGCAUGCAGACUGCCGAAGCCCUUCGCAAUUGUACAGACUUUCCGGGCGAUCUCGAAGGAGGGAAUGAGAACAUAUCAACCUUGCCCACGGAGAAAUGGGUGGAUUUCCUCUUCUCUCCCGGACGCUUCAGCACCGCAUCCAUCGACACGGCGCUCAGCAUAUACCGCAAAGGCCGAGGAUUGCAGGCCAAGUCUCGCAUCAAGGGUCUAAGCGCGCCCGAGGUGCCUUUGAAGGAACGAGUGACCGAAGCGAUUGGAUCCAAGAUCGUCCUCAAGCGUCAUUCCACCGACCAGCCGGAUUAUGAACGAUAUCAGUCCAGUAUUCAGACGGAGUGGAAGACAUUCUACUCUCUCCUACGCGACCUACACACACGUCGACACGAAGCGGUUGGCCUCGCUCUGGACACAGUAGAUGGCUUAGCGUGGACGGUCUACGCUGAUUUCGUCGCUUCGAUCCGAGCUACGAGUCAAUUCGAGGCGCUUGUGGUCAACGAGCACUUACUUGAGGGCAAUGGCCUGCAACUCGUUGACGAGUCUAUCUCGACUAGCAUCUUCCCCUCAAACGAAGCAGUCCAUUUUGCCCAGGUCCUGUCUGCCACGAAGGAAUUCUGUUCAAGGCUCUCGCCCGAGUUCAAGGAACAAUUCAACAACGACGUGCUGCUCGGGGCACUCGAAGACGACACGGGUGAUCGCCAGCGCAGUCAAAAGCGUGUGCAGGAUCUCUACGACACACAUGAUUUCAGCGUCGAGGUCAUGGACGACGACUUUCUUGCAUUGGAACACGCUGCACAGCCUUUUGGUGGUCUGGGAGAUUUGAGCGAGGCGGGUAUUCUUGGCGUGUUGGAGCUGAUGCAGGAAGACGCCAACAACAGCGGUGCCGAUCCUGGCAAGGCUCUGAGCUUGUAUGGCAAUAAAAUGACCAUCGCCAUCGCACGAGAGACCUUGGAGCAGCAUCGGAGUGUCUUGCUGAGUCUACUCACACUGGUGGUGUUCAUGUACGGCGACCUGGAUCAAGCUGACCUACACCCUGAGUUUCUGUCGGAGAUCGGUCCGCUGUACGACGCCAUUGCUACACGAUUGAAGCAUAAUGUUAUGCUCUCGUGGCUCGCGCGAAACACGAUUGCAGUGCCGCAAGCGGAGAACACGCAUGGAACGAAAGUGGACUCAAUCACCGUCACUUUGUUGGAGAGGCUCUUUAUCGGCGACUGGGACCCCAAGUCCAAGCCCAAAGAGACCCUCUCCGAGCAACUGACAAAGUGGAGCAAGCAGUGGACGUACGGUGCCCGUCUAUGGGACGAAUGGGAUGGCGUGACUGGCCAUGUGUUGGGAUUUCUGAUUCAACAACAGAGCUAUGAGCUCGCUACGGACUUUCAGGUGUUCUUGUCUCGGGGCGAGGAGUCGUCCAGCUGGCUUCAGUACUUGGAGGGACGACUGCUCCUUGCAACAGGAGAAUAUGCACAAGCGAGCCUCAAAUUCCAAGCCGCGGCAGGUGGAAUGGCAGAAGCGACGAAGGUGGCUGGCUCAGACACCGCACAUCUGCUCUCUGCCGAGGAGCAGAACUAUUUCGGCGAUGGCCACAGUCGCUUCUACCAGCACAUCUCCGCGCUGUACGAGAAGCUGCGCAUCUUUUCGUACACUGCAGACUUUGCGACCCUGGCGCUGGAUCAUCUGGAGAACGGCGAGGAUAUUGGUGCUCGCUCGCUCAUGGAGAUUGACCGGAGGAAGGCGAAUCCUGAGAGUCCGGCGCAUCAAAGGGUGGGCGGUGCGCUGGAGGAGAUUGACAUUCUGAAAGAGUACGAGCGACGAAAGGAGGAAAUUCGCGGACGCCUGUUCACAGCGCAGGUGGAAACGGGCAGGUUCGCAGAAGCACUGCGUACCCUUUCCAGCAUUGCAGAGCGCGCCAUCCGACACGCCAAUCUCUCGACUCUCAUCCGAACGUGCAUCCAAAAAGACGCAGUGCCGACUUUACUCGCUUUACCGUUUGCAGACACCGACGUCCUCCAAGACGCAGAUGCAAUCCUCCUCUCCCUCGCAAAGAAGAGUCUCGCCUCAGGAACCGGGGGCGGCAGCAACAGCAUCAGCUCCACCGGCGCCACCACCCCCCACUACCAAAUCCUCUACGCUUUCCGCACGCAGAAUUCCGACUUCCGCGGUGCGGCCGAGAUCCUCUACGCGCACUUGCAGCGGCUGCGAGACGCGCAUGCGAAGCAGGGAAUUCUGGAUCCCGAGGAGCAGACGCUGGUGCAGGCUUAUGUGCUGCUUAUUAACACGCUGGCGUGUUGUGGAGAGGGCGAGGGGUGGUUGUUGGCGGAUCCGCUGGAGGGUACUGAGGGGAAGAGGAGGUUGGUGACGUUGGCGGAUGUGAGAGCUGAGUAUACUGCUGAGUUGGAUCGGAGGAGUGAGGUUCUGCAAGGGAGGUUUCCGCUUUUUGCGGGAGUUGGUGGUGCUGGGUUGGGGGAGGAGAUGGAUGUGUUUUGAGUGGCUAGGUAGGAGUGUGUUGAGGUGAAGAUUGAAUGUGAUUCUACUGUCCUCGA